AUGCCCUCACUUGCCAAGCUACUUUUUUGCCUUUUGUUCAUAGGGUUGUGCCAGACUGAAGCCAGAGAGAGCAAGUUCUUUGCCAAAUAUGUUCACCUUAGCAAAAGUACCAACAACAAUUACGUAGCAGUGCCUGGUACAGUACCAGAGCAAGAUGUCUCUUUGCCAUCUUCGAGUCCAGCUCCAGCUCCCGUCACUAGCCAGAUAAGCGACGUCCCAGCCGCCCCUUGUGAUGUCUCUUUGCCAUCUUCGAGUCCAGCUCCAGCUCCCGUCACUAGCCAGAUAAGCGACGUCCCAGCCUCAUCGCCCCUUGUGGCCGACUAUGUCCCAGCCCCAGCUCCUGACCAGGCACCCCUGGAGCCUAGUUUCGGCUACCCACCAGCUCCACUUGAGAGUGAAAUGUAUGCCAAGGGCACUGGUGACUUCACUUCCGCAGAGACCACCGUCGUCGAUAAUGAAGAGGAGGAAUUUUCUGAUGAAGAAUUCAGCAUUGAAACUCCCGGUAAGAGGGAAUCCAACAUUUACAGCAAUGGCUACUCCAAUAGUUUGAGUAACAACAAUGGCUUCUGGACGUCAAAUCACAAAGGUUAUAACACCAACGGCUAUUAUUACAAGAGUGAUCAGCCACAGGGAAUGAGUGACACCAGAUUCGUAAACAAUGGUGAGUUCUACGACAACAACGUAGAGCCCGAAAACGAUGGUCCAAAAGGGUACGGAUCAGUGAGGCAAAACAAGAACGAGGAAGGCGAUUACUACGGUAAUAACGACAAGUCAAAAUACGAGUUUGAUUCCAUGGAAGAGUAUGAGAGAAAGGAGGGUUAUCCUGAUGUUGAACAACAGUUCAUUCCUUGAACAAAUUAGUCUAUUUGUGUGGAAUAGCAAAUACAUGAAAUAGAAUUAAAAGAAAGUCUUGAGAAUGUCCAUGCUGUUUUUGCUCAGCAUGGAUGAUGAUAUAUAUCAAACUGAUCAAUGGAGCUUUUUUGUGAGACAGCAGUUUAGUGAAAUAUGUUGUUUGGUUUGAGAAUUUAGAAACUGAAAAGAAGAAUGACAAAAAGUUUAUACAGAAUGUCAAGUUUGGAUUUCA